CUUGAAGCUGAAGACGGUAACAUUUUGAUAAGUUCACUUCAACAGGCAGUUAUCAAUUGCUCUCAGAGAAGGUGUGACCGCGCAACUUCAGUUACCUUAUCCGCUUCACGGCAGGCUUUGCUUCAAAUUGUGGGCUGCUCUUUCCCAAGGCAAGCAAUCUGUGCAUUUCAAGUGACUCCAUUUCUGCCUGGACUUUACAUCACCCCCUUCUUCCAUGGAGAGUCCAGGUCAACCUCAGAUACGGAGUAAGGUAGGCUUCGCGGCAGCGGCACAAUGACCAGACCAGAAACCGAGAUCCUCGUUCACAUCGCAGCGCCUGCCAGGGCUGAUGAUGAUAGAAAAUACCGGGCCCUGGCCAGCGCUUACUUCAGCUUUGAGCCAACACAGAGCAUUUCACUUACACCUGGGUUGAGCGCUCAAGGGUGCAGUGAGAGGGUGAUAGGUUAUGACACAGAAGGGAACGGGAGGGAACUGUCUCGUCGAUAUGACAUACAAGCACCUCUUUCAACCAGAGAGGCCGGAGUGAUCGAGUCCCCGAUGCUAUCCUUUAGGAGUGCCAUCAACAACCUCCAAUCACCUCGCUUACGCCGGCCUGGAGAAGGCACCAUCUCCGAGUCGCAGUUAUCAUGGCAGCCUCCUCCAAGCGAGGUCCAAGAUUCCAUGCCAGACAAUGAUCUGGCAUACCCCCAAUACUGUACGCCGACGAGGAUCCUUCAACAUUACACGUCCAUGUUCGAUAGCUCCCAGUCGGAUCUGUCCCCCAUCGCCCAACGACAGGCACCCCAACAGACAACUCCCUGCCCACCACACUAUGAAUCGCCGGUGCUGACAUCACCAACGAGGGCGAAGAACGACUGGCAUCCUGUAGGGGUCACCGAGACUGUAGAGCACGCCACCCAAUCGCUCGACCCGGUCAUAAAGAAUGGGGAUGCCGCUGUGAUUCCGCUGUCCCCUGUGGCUGGCAACAAACGCCCUGCGCCGGAAAGGUCCACACAAGACGCCGCCGAAGAUACGCGCGUUGCAUCUUCAUACCCGAGCCAGCAAGACGAGCAGGCCAUUACAGCCCGUGCCGAAUCAGAACCGCCGCGCGCCAAACGUCCGCGGAUAGCUCACGACGAUCCCGAGCCCGGCAAACCGCUAGCCAGGAGCGCAAGUGACGUGGGCCCUCGGCAGGACAAGCCGGGAAGCGCGCAUCAGUCAUCAUCCCUUCAAGCCCUCGACUCUCUAGAAAUAAUCUCACCGCCUCCAGCCACCGCGGACGCAGAGCUGCGACCAGAGGACAUGAUCACCGACGUGUUAGCCAGCCUAGCCCGGGAAUUGAACCUGGAGAAACGGUUCAAGCCGCAGUUGCAGACCCGAGACCUACGGCCGUUCGAGAGAGGUUACUGGCUCGUCGACUGUGGCUCGUGGGAGCCGGCGUUGAAACGGUCGGCAUGGGGGUUUCUCGCAGACUAUUUAGGCAAGGGCGCCGCAGGUUGGGGGACCUCGUGCAAGCGGGAUCGGGACUUUUCCUGGAUCCGGCUAUACUGCUGGGGCUGCGUCGUUGGCCACCUGUACCUCGUACUCUACCUCAUGAGCAAGCGCAGAGUCCUGUACUCUGGCGCGUCUUGGGUAGGCGCGGACGGGAAGGCGGUUAUCGUGAUGGGAACGAGGCCGCCACUUGCGUGAACAACUUGUCAUUAGCAGCCAUAUCGCUGACGCGUUUUCAUGGGAUCACUUUGUCUGGCGCAUUGGAUGGCAGCAUGGCUCAGUAUUGGUCGAUACACACAUUAAGCAUGGCAUGGCGCGGCAUGGCGUUUGGUCAUUUUGGUAGUUCGAAUAUACGUUUAC